AUGUACCACUAUCAAUUUUAUCGCUGUCGCUUAUACGCUGCUCAAAAACUGUAUACUUUUAUUUUUAACACCUUGCUAACAGCUCUUUCUUUCGACUUGUCUUGUCUUCAAGACAAGACCCACUCAAUGGAUACUGGAGACCAGACUCACAAAACUGACCAAGUCCGUAUCAAUCCAGAGAGCAUCCUAGCUUGCCCUCCAAAACCAGUGUCACUCCCUUACGAUCUCCCAGCACUUCCUUCAAAGCAUGAAGUGGCCGCCCAAAUGAAACAUCUCGAAACGCAGCUGAUCCCCCGCUUAAGUGCCUUUGUUGAUUUGCCCCUUAGAGAACCUGCUAAUGAUUCUCUUCCCGUGUAUCAGAGGUGGAAACAGGAAGUGCAAAGACUCAACCCUGGACUGACCUCCAUCUCUAAUAUAAUGGCUCCUACAAAGAAAAACACGUAG